AUGUCGUCCUUCUACUACUGCUCCAUCCAUCGCGUCUGGCACAGCAUCUGGCACCUUGGCAAUGGCUUCGGGGAAAUUGAGGAGCCCAUCGUAGGCGAGUGCGCUCUGCUCUUCUACGCGGACCGGACCGAGGCCAUCCCUCGUCCCAGCUGCGAUCAGGUCGUCUACCCUCCCACCGAACCCCCGUCCGUGCCGGUUCCCCGAGACGGCCGUCCUCAACCAUCACCAGGAGACACGGAUGCUACAGCUCCCUUUACAUCUGAAGGAGGAAUAGGAGAGGUACGGCCCGAAGUCGAGGCCGAGCAACCCCAGACCGUCAAGGUCCCCAUGGGCCGGCGCCGCACCGACGCCGUGCUGGCCGUGGUCCCGUACGACGCCCCUGCGUACCUGGCGGGCUUCACCUUCCGGCAGGGGGGGCCCGGGCCGCGGCGGCGGCACCAGCGCAACAUCCUCUUCUGCCGGUACGAGGACGCCCUCAGCGGCACGGGCCUGCCCGCGGUGCAGCCGACAGCCAACACGCAGCGCGAGAUCGAGCACUACCUGGCGCCGCUGGACAAGGCUGCGGGCCGCCACGAUGUCCUCGUCCGCCGCGUCCGCGACUGGAGCUGCUGGGCCCAGGGCUUCGAGUUCCUCGAGCAGGAGAUCCGCUGGUACCUGGCGCUGAAGAGCCGGCGGGAGCUGCGCGAGGUCAUGCACACGGUCGAGGACCUCGUCGAGCACUUUGGCCUGGCCCGGACCGUGACCAUGCCCGACGUGGACUGGAUGAGGCUCGACUUCGGACCGGGGUGUCAGGGGGUGGAUACGGGAUGA